CGGAAUCGGUGGAAGAAUGAUAAUGUCAAGAGGAGCACCAUCAGCGGCAGUGUUAUGAAAUAAAAAGAAGGAUUUUAUUAUGACUCGACUGAUGUUUUUGAUGCUGCUGACGGAAGGCAAGAUACGGCGGCCGGAAUGAGACUGGUUUGGUUGAUGGACUACAAACUCCAGCAUGCGCUGCAGUCCCUGGCGCAUGCGCAGCUUUCAGUCCCGGCCCGCCCUCUUCCUGGGCGCAUGCGCGGCGACAAUGAAGCGUCGAUAAGAGGCGACAGCAGCCUUCAUGAAUGCCAGGUCACACAAUGUCUAUGAUCCUAUUUGCCUAUGUUGUCCGGGUGAAGGAUGGGUUGCCGCUCUCUGCUUCCACAGACUUUGAAUAUAGUAGAGAUCUGCAAGAAUGUAAAACGCAUCUGAAGAUGGUGUCCAAAAUGCUUGGGCAAUUUCCAGGCCGUGGAACUGUGAAGAACAACCAGCUACAUAUACACUUUACUUCUUCACAGGGUGUCGCCUACAUGACCAUCUGCUGUAGCUACUAUCCCACUACAAUGGCAUUUUGUUUCCUCGAGGAACUUGGAAUGGAGUUUACUUCUUCCGUAGAGGUUGCUAAAAUCCAGCUAGUAUCACGGCCCUACGCUUUUCUUGAAUUUGACAGUGUGAUACAGAAGAUAAAAUGGCAUUAUAACUAUUCAAACCGCCCAUCUUUAAAGAUCAGUGUGACAAAUAUCCAGAGGGAGCUGAAGGUGACGCCACCCCGACAGGUGAAUCUGGAUGAUAUUGUGGUUACCAAUGGGAUUCUUAAUGGAAACCUGCAUUUAUGUUCUGGAUCUGCACCCAGCUACAGACUGGAGCCUGUGAGUGCAGUUGGGAUCCUGUCGGUUUUCCUUAAUAUUGUAUGUGGAGCUCUCAAUUUAAUCCGUGGAGUUCACCUCAUCGAACACAACUUCCAGGAUGGAAAUGAAGAAAAGGGAUCAGUUGUUGCAUUUUUUGUAGCUUUCAUUACCUGUGUACUUCAGUGUUACCUGUACCUGUUCUAUGUGUCGGCCAGGAUGAUCAAGGCACUUGGAGCACUGACUCUUAUUUGUAUAUGCAACUUUUAUUUAUUUGGGCUGAGGAACUUGUGGCAGAUCCUAUUCCACGUAGGAGUGGCUUGUCUAUCCACGUAUCGGAUCUUGUCCAGGAAGCUCACCAAGAGACUAGCUGACUGUGGAGUCUGACCUGUUGAUUGUCUCCGAUGGUGGGAAAGUUCCGUGAUCGAGCUCCCUCAAAUGUGCCUUCAGUAUGUUUGAUAAUGUCGACGCCAUUGUCAUUGCCACAGUUACUGCCCGGACAAAAUGAAGCCCAAGGAACCAGAAACGUUGGUCCCCUUCUCAAAAUGGCAAGUCCAGCGAAAGACAAAUGGAAGUUUGUUGCAAGAAGAUUUUCAUAAGUCCAAAAUUUGGUAUGCAAUGAUAAAUCCAGGGGAAUAACAGGAUCGAUACCUCAUGGUUUGCAGUGGGAGAGCUGUGACCAAGUGUAGUCUUCAUGUUUAACUGGCGGGAGAUGUUUAGACCAGGGAAACAUUAUAUACUCUAUUCUUAUUUGAAAUUGUACAUUCUGCCUGUUGUAAGUUGUGUUGCUUCAUUUAGCAAGCUGUAGUUGUGUACCUGAGUUUGUGUUGCACUGCUGCCACUCAGUGGGCAGGUGGAAUUGCAAAAUAACAAGGGUACUUUUCCCUGCAGAGGCACAAUUUCUGAUUGAAAAUCUCUUCAGGAACUCCACAGUUUGAUCACUGGGAUAGUGACACUAAUGAGUGAGAGACAAGCAAGAGAAAGUAAAAAAAAAAAUGGCAAACGAGAAAAUCUGCAGAUGCUGGAACACACACAAAAUGCUGGACGAACUCAGCAGGCCAGGCAGCAUCUAUGAAUAGGAGUCUGAAUAAAAGGUCUUGGUGUGAAACGUCAACUGUCCCAUAGAUGCUGCCUGACCUGCUGAGUUCUUCAAGCAUUUUGUGUGUUGUUUACAUUUUGGAUAGGAAGCUGUGAUAUCCAGUGUUAAUGUUGGCUAGUAACAGGAGGGGAUGGCCAUCAUAUCCUUCAUGAUCUUUAAGGCUUUUGAUUAGAAAAAGCCCGGGUACUUUCAAUCCACUCCACAGUAUCUGUGCAUACCUUGGAUGUCUUUGACUCACUCGAUUUCAGAAGUGCAAAAGGACUCUGAUAAGGAUGAUUUAAAUUUUAGGGUGAUAUGUUCACACACACCUGGAGAAAGAGAGGAAUCUCCUGUAGUUAAAGGUGGGUUGAGUCUGGAAGGAGGGAAUUUGUUGCUUUAAUUAGAUUGUCCUAUAGUCCCUCUGCUCAAAGGUGGAAGCUCAGAAUCAGGUUUGAUAUCACUAACAUAUGUUGUGGAAUUUAUUGUUUUACAGCAGCAGUGCAGCACAAUACAUAAAAAAAUGCUAUGUUACAGUAAGAAAUACAAAAGUAGCUGAAAAAGUGAGGCAGUGUUCAUGGGUUCAUGGUCUAUUCAGAAAUAUGAGAGUGGAGGGGAGGGAGCUGUUCCUAAAAUAUUAACUGAUGUUUAGCCUGAGGUCUUCAGGUUACACAUCACUUCUAUUAAUGAUAAAUAUUGUCACAAGGAUUAAAAGGGAAUGAGACUAGUUGGUUCCCAUGUCUUAAUAUAUACGUUUCGAAUAAUAAUCCUUUAUUUUAAAACAAAAUAAGAUUGAUUAACCAGAUGGAUUAGAAAUAAGUCUUUAGAAUUCAGCAUCAUUAAUCAUGUUGCAGUAAUUUUAUUCUCUGGGGCAGAGGCCAUUUCCCAGGGUCCAGGGGAUUCACUUUCAGUUAAAUUGUGACGUAUUGAUAUACUAAGGAUGGUUUGAAGCCGAACUGUUUGCUCAGAAGCCCCCCAAUCUCCACAAAGAUAUCAAAAUUACUCAAUCAACUCUUUCUUUGAAACACAAGAGAUUCCACAGAUGCUGGAAAUCCUGAGUAACACUCACAGAAUGAUGGAGGAACUCUGCUGGUCCGGCAGCAUCUAUGGAGAGGAAUAAAGAGCUGACGUUUCAGGCCAAGACCCUUCCAUUCUGCCAGGAUGAUGGAGUUCCAGUGUGACUCGUAAUUGGUUGCAUCCAGAAGGCACUGAGUCCUAAAAAGGUGCUGUCCACUGCUUCAUCCAGUUGGUUGCAGGUCAUGUGACACAAUAUGGCAUACGUUACACUUGAAACUGUGGCCCAGCUGGUUUCAUUCACCAGGUAGCUUGGUGAUCUGAAGGGAGCUGGAAGUCCUUGGGAGGUAAAAGAUAUGAUGAAUUGGUAUUGGUUUAUUAUUGUCACAUGUACUGAGGUACAGUGAAACCUUCCUCUGGGUGCCCCUUCUCCUUUCCUUUCUCCAUUGUCCACUUUCCUCUCCUAUCAUAUUCCUCCUUCUGCCCUUUUAACUCUUCAAGUUUAGUUGUCAUUCACAUGUAUACAGCACCAUUAAUCUUUUCUCUGGGGCCAACAUGCACAACACAGUACAUACAGUCACACACAAUGCAUGUAGUUAUGAUAGCACAUACAAUCACAAAGUAGUAUUAGCACACGUCCACCUAUUACCCCCCAGUUUCUCACUUCAUCACCCACCUAUCUGCCCCCUCAGUUGGUCUCACCUAUCAUCUACCAGCUUGUACUUAUUCCCCCCUCCCCUCCACUUCUCAUUCUUCCCUCUUCCUUUUCAGUCUUGAUGAGGGGUCUCGGCCUGGAAUGUCAUCUGCUUAUUCCUCUCUAUAGAUGCUGCCUGACCUGCUGAGUUUCUCCAACAUUUUAUGUGUGUUACAGCUUUUGUUUGCAUGCUAUCCAGAUAGAUCCCACCAUAUAUAAAAAACAAACAAUGCAGAAUAUAACAUUGCUGUUCCAGAGAAAACAAAGUGCAUUGGACAGAUAAAGUACAGGGGCCAUGAUGAGAUAAAUUGGGAAAUCAGAGUUCAGGAAUGAUAGCAUUGGAAUAGAAAAUAUUUAUAUUCAUCCGGGCAUAAUUGGCCGGGCCACGGUUUACUGCCCCUUUCUGGCUGCUCUUGAGAAGCUGGACAACGGCUGUUUGUGUGCUGUAGAUAUAGGUGUUUUCCAGGGUGAGUCUUCUAGGCAAUGAAGGAAUACGUCCAGAGCACUUUGAAGUCAGAUCAGUCUUCUUGCUUCCUCCAACUUGAAUGCAAAGAGCAUUUGAGUUCGUUCUUUUACAGAUUAUGCAUGCACUAUUACUGUUUUUAAAUGAGUUCUUUUAUUCAUUGUAUUUAUUCUAUUUCAAAUGUGAAGUCUCAGCUAACAAAUUAGUGUAAGUGCACUAUUGUCUCUGAUGUGUGCUAAUUUUAGAUAGCGGUAGGUACAUGCAUUUUGAUGCAAAACUGGUUUUUGUGAUUGGUUCAUGUAUCUAUUAUAAACUAAGAAUUUGAAAGGUUUACUUAAUAUUUGUCGUAAGCUGGGGAGGCAUCCUGCAGUGUGUAUUGUAUGUACUGUGCACCUCAGUGUGACUAGUGGAGGUUGGUUCCAACUUCCCAUCUUAGGAAUUUCUCAGCUAGGUAGGGAGUUACCUUACUGAUCUGUCUGUUCUGAAUUGCUUUUAUAUUUCCCAUCAAUUUGACACACACUUCCAGCACCCCUCCCACCCGCUUCCCCUCUCCAAAAACAUUCGACUCCUUAAAAUGAGGCUAUCACUAUCUUCCAUAAGACCACAAAGCAUUGGAGCAAAAUUAGAAUGUUAGAUCCAUCAAGUUUGCUCCACCAUUUGAUCAUGGCUGAUUUCCAAAGUACUUGUGCCUUGAAUCCUAUGUGAUAAAGUUGUUCCUGAGGUGGCUGUGACCACUGGUGAUCACAGAGACUGUAUGGUGCUUCGUGUUAUGUUUGAUUCUUUGGUUGAGUGACACCCAUUUCUUCUCUGGGCAAAUCACACUCCCCCUGAUGUUCCAUCCAGCUAUGAAACAGGCCUCAGAGGGAUCGGGUGUUCCCAGACUAGUACCAAUGGGCAGCUUCUGUCUUCAUAAUCUGCUCUUUUCUCUAAGGUGGCAUAUACAAGAUCUGACUGGGCCUGGUGGAACUUGACAAAAUGAAACCAUUCAAUUGACAUUUAGAUUCAUAGAGUCAUACAGUAGAGAAACAGGCCUUUCUUUCCACUUGGUCCUUGCCAACCAAGAUUCCCAUCUAAGUUAGUUCUGUGUUUGGCCUGUAUCCCUAUGAAGCAGGGUUCCCAAACUUUUUUAUGCCAUUGUCUCCUACCAUUAACAAAGGGGUCUGUGGACCCCAGGAUGGAAAAUCCUGCUCUAAACCUUUCCUCUCCAAGCUACUUUUAAAUGUUGUUAAUGUUCCUGUCUCAAUUAAUUCCUCUGGCAUUCUCUGGGUAAAAAACAUUGCCCCUCAAGUUCCUCUUAAAUUGCUCCCUGUCACCUAAAACUUAUGCCCUCUAGUUCUUGAUUCCUGAACCCUGGGAAUCAGACUGUAGGCAUUCACCCUAUCUAUGCCACAGAUAAUUUUAUACACCUUUUUAAGAUUCUCCCAUGAAAAAGUCUCAGCUUGCUCAGCCUCUCUGCAUAAUUUCUUCUCACUUUACUGGUUUGGCAAGGAAGGAGUUUCCUGAUGCUGGUUUGUCAACCAGACUAGAACGUUGAGACAUCUGGAUUAAGCAGACUGUCUAUGAGGAAAUGCUGAACAGGUGGACUUGUAGUUGCUAUUUAUAGGACUAGAGCUGAUCUGAAUUAAAGAUAAAUGAUUGAGGUAGGAUUUAGAGAGGAUGUAUGAAUUGUGGCAGGUCCAAAAAGGUGUACAAAAUCAUGAGGGGUAUAGAUAAGGUAAUUACAAACAGGCUUUUUCCUCUGAGGUUGGGUGAGACUAAAACUAGAGAUCAUAGGUUAAGAACGAAGAGAGCAAAAUUGAAGGGGAACUUGAGGGGAACUUCUUCACUCAAAGGCUCAUGCCAGUGGAAGUGAUGGAUGUGUGUUUGAUUGCAAUAUUUAAGAGAAGUUUGAAUAAGUGCCUGGUUUUUUGGGGUGUGGAGGGAUAUAGACCAGGCGUGGAUCGAUGAGACUUGGCAGAAUUACAGUUUGGCAUGGACUAGAUAAGCUGAAGGGCCUGGUUCCUUGCUCUAUAAUUUAUGGAGCAUGACUUGGAUUCUGAAUUUGGAGAGCCAGCUCCCUGGAAAGGCUUUCACAUUAAAUCUGCAGAUGGCUUGGCUUAUCGCUUUAUAUUGAACUAUCAUGUCUGGAACAUAAAACAAACUGGGGGAGGGGGGAGCUCAACAGUUCAGGCAGUAUCUGUGUAGGCAGAGAAUCAACUUUUUGGGUGAAAUAAUACAAUAUAAUAGGAAAUAGUGAAUCUAUGAUUCUUUGCCACAGACGGCUGUGGAGGACACGUUAUUGGGUAUAUUUAAUGUGGAGGUUGAUCGGUUCUUGAUUAGUCAGGGUGUCAAAGGUUACAGGGAGAAGGCAGGAGAGUGGGGGCAAAAAAUAAAUCAGCCAUUAUCGAAUUGCAGAGCAGAUGGACGAUAUGUCAGUGAUUUGAAACCUGAUUUUUGACUCUGAUUCUGAAUGGCGUAAUUCUGCUCCUAUAUGCUAUGGUCUUAUGGAAACUUAUCUUCCCAUUGAGACAUACUGUGUUGUAUCAUUAUUUAACAAUAUAGAAGAAUAUAGUAUUUAAGAAUAUGAGAAGCAUCGAUAGUGUAGAGCAUAGAAAACCUACAACACGGAUAAUGCUAUUUAAAAACAAGAGGGCAUAGAUUUAAGGUGAGAGGAAGGAGUUUUAAAGGGGAUUGGAGAGUGAAGUUUCUUUACAUAGGGAGUGGUUGAUAUCUGGAAAGCAUUGCCAAAAGUGGUGGUGGAAUUAGAUAUCAUUGGUACAUUUAUGAGGCAUUUUAGAUGGCACAUAAUAGGCAAGACAUAGAAGCGUAUGGCCUUAAAGAGGACAAAUUUAGGAUCAGAGUGGAUGGUCAAAAAGAUUGGCAUGGGCUUAAAUCUCCAUAGCAGCUGAGGAAUUUAAAUUAAUUUAAUAACCUGUAAUUUAUUUAUCAAAUAAGUUUAAUAAUGUCCUUAAUGAAAGCGUGUUUGCCAUCCUUAUCCAGACUGGUCUGUGUAUGACUCCGCAUCCACUUCUACAUGCUCUCUGAAAUCGCUUAGCAACUCAUUCAGAUCGAGAGCAGUUGGGGAUGGACAUUCAGAUAUUGUCAACAAUUACAACUGUUUAUCACAUCUGUAGUAAAAAAAGACUCGGUAGGUCAAGCAGCACCUAUAGAGGGAAAUAGAAUUCAAGAUCUAGUGUAUUAUCAUAGGAAAACUUAUUUGCUGGUUUUUACAUACCCAGGAUGUAAAGACCAUGAAAGUUAGAUUUCUGCAACAGCAGCACAACACAGGCACAAUAACAACUUUUAAAAGUUGUGGAUAAGAAGGUUAUGGGCCAAAUGCUGGCAAAUGGUACUAGCUUGAAUGGGACAUCUCAGUAUGCAGCAAAUGGGCCGAAGGCCCUGUUUCCGUGCUGUAUUACUCUAUUACAAAUUAACAUAAGUUAUUUGACUUGCCCAGAUCCUGAAGGAUGAAUUAAAAAACGUUCAUUUUAUUAUCAAAGUAUGUAUGCAGAAUGUGACUCUGAGAUUUGUCUUCUCCAGAUAGCCAUCAAAUACAGAAAAAACACGGAAGUUGUUCAAAGAAAUGGCAUCAAUCCCUCCCCAACAAAAAAGAAAAAGAAACAAAAACUCUACAUUAAUACACUGAAGUAGUAGUCUCACAGUGUUCAUAAGGAAAAUAAGGCAAAGUUGUAUGAGUUUGCUUUACAAUUGAAUAACAAGGUGGAGUGGGGUCUGAAAUAUCUGAAAGCCUCCAACAUUGGCUAGAAGUUCUUGGAAGAUUCUAUUUUACAUUUGGUAUUUUUAAAUGUUAAUGUAUUUAUAUGCCAUUUAGAGGUACAUCACAGAUCAAGGCCAUCAUGUCUUGCCAGAUUGGUCUGAUGAAAGCCCAUAUAUUUAGAAAUAUUUAAAUAUUUAGAAACAAACAUUUUAAUACUCUUUGCACUGUUAUAUAAUAACCAAGAAGUCCAAUGUUUUAUAUGCUCCAUUUCUCACGUCUCAUCGUUUUGCAUGUCAAACUAAAUUUCUCAAUACAUUAUUAAUGA